AUGGAGCAGGUAGGCCAACCAGCACCAUUUCUGGAGCUUUCCGACGACAUCGUCACCCUCAGCAUCAGCCCCGAUGAUAAGAGAGUCAUCGUGCACCGCGCAGCAAUCAUCAAGGCAUCCCCAGUGCUCGCCAACAAGCUGCGUCCUUAUGGCCUCUUCGACAACGGACCCAAGACGAUGAUACACGUUGAGGAGCAAGACAUGCCAUCUUUCCAGCUACUCCUCCACUUCGCGUACACGGGCCAGCUGCCGAAGACGAGCACCAGAAUCGACAUCGACACCUUCAACCACAGUCAAUACCCAGCCUACGUCCCGCUCGCGAAAGCGUACUUCCUAGGCGACAAGUACCAGAACGAGGCAUUCAAGAAUGCGGUCCUCGACACCUUCGUCGUGAUGUCUUUGGUCCCGGACAACGGAGGCCUGUGUUAUCAGCCCGGCCCUCACGCCAUCAACGUCAUCUACCACGGCACAAACGAGGGUUCGCUGUUGAGGAAGCUGGUGGUGGACAUGUACAUUGCGGAAUCCGAGGCGGAGCACAUGUUCGGUGUCGACUGGCCUCCACAGUUCCCGGUUGAGCUUGCAGCUAAGUUGAUGGGGGAGCGCAAGUCGAGGAGGUUUAGAGACACCGAGUCGCAGGAGCCAGAGGGUCUUCGUGGGUGCGACUACCAUAAGCAUGCGGGUGGGGAGCGUUGCGACGGACGGCGAGCACGGGAACGCGAGGAGUCUUAG